GCUGGUUUAUUACGGGAAGGAAGGAACGAAGUGAAAGAGGCAAUCGCGAAGACCUUCCGGAACACGUUGGAGUUGGAAAUUGGUGUUGACGAAAACAAAAUUUACUGAAUAGCGUAUUCGGCAAGCUGAAUCCGAUCUUGGGGUGACAAGGUUGCGAUUUUGAUCGAAAUCGUUUCGGACUAAUCGAUUGACUUUUCGUCGGACGAUUGAGAAUCGAGGGCGCUUCGAAGCCAUGUUCAAGAAUUUUUGGGGCUCUCAGGAGCAGCAAGUUCCAUCACGGCCACAGGAAGUGCCCACAGACUCAUGGUAUCCUCCGUCUGUUAUCAGUUCAUCCGGCGCCUCACGCCCCACAACACCUGGUACCAGCACAUCUGGCAGUUUCAGCACAUCAAGACCAGCAGAUCGAUCAAACACCAUAUCAAAUGUUUCACCUACAGAAGCUGCAGGCAUCAUUGCUGUUUUGAAAGAUAAAAGUGUUGAUGAGCUGAGGAAGCUUUUGUCUGACAAGAAUGCAUAUCAGAAUCUUUUACUCUCUCUGGAGCCUGUAAAAACUCAAAACAGAGUUAGAGACGAACUCAGGAACGAGACUUUGCAGCUUGCUAGAGAAAAUCUUGAAAAGGAACCAACAAUAAUGGAACUAAGGAAUCAGUGCAGAAUAAUCCGAACAACAGAAUUGGCUACUGCUCAAGAAAAAUUGCAUGAGUUGGAACGGAAAAAGGAAGAAACUCUGAAGUAUUACUCUCCCUCAUCACUCCUCAAUCGACUUCAAGAUGCUAUGAACAAAACAGACGAGGAAUCUGAGGCCAUUCACCGGCAACUUCUUGAUAAAGAACUCGAUCUCCCAUCCUUUGUACAGAAAUACAAGAAGAUGCGCAAUGCAUACCAUAAACGCGCACUUACACAUCUCGCUGCCAAGACAUCUGCAUCUAGCUGAGCCUUGGGAUGCCAUCAAACUUAACAUGCUUAAACACAAUUGUACUGCCACUCUUCUUGUAAAAUUAUUUUAUUUUGACACCGCUUCCUAUUUUGUGUUGUGUUAUUUCCAGUUUUACGCUCAAAUUUUCUUUUGUGUGUUUCAGUUUCAUAUACUGCUGGUGUGACAUAUUUUUAGACAAGUAAAUUGUUGGGGGAGAGGCUAUAGAAUGACCAUGCUCUA